UUAUCUGUCUCUCUUUGCAUACCUCUCACUUUUUUCCCCUCUCUGUUCCACUGUUUGAUCACGCUAGAGAGAUAAGAAUUAUGUCUGCGCUUAGAUUAGUGACGAUUUUGUUAUCAGUUGUUGUUCUUUUUGCAUUUGUAAAUGCCGAAGAUCCUUACAGAUUCUUUGAAUGGAAUGUUACUUACGGUGUGAUUAGUAUUGAUUCUCCUCAACAAGUUAUAUUGGUUAAUGGCCAAUUUCCUGGCCCUGAUAUUCAUGCUGUCACAAAUGAUAAUCUGAUCAUCAACGUUUUCAACAACUUAGACGAACCAUUCCUUUUCUCAUGGAAUGGAGUACAACAGAGGAGGAGUUCAUGGCAAGAUGGAGUUUAUGGAACAAAUUGUCCAAUUCCACCAGGCCAAAAUUGGACAUACACUCUACAAGUAAAAGAUCAAAUCGGUAGUUUCUUCUACUAUCCUUCACUUUCUUUCCACAAAGCUGCUGGUGGGUUUGGUGGGAUUAGGAUUCUCAGCAGACCAAGAAUUCCAGUUCCUUUCCCUAAUCCAGCUGGUGAUCACACCGUUCUCAUUGGUGAUUGGUACGAUCUUAACCACAAGAGAUUGAGAACCAUUCUUGAAAACCAAAGAGCCCCUUUCCCAGGUGCUCUCCUCAUUAAUGGUAAAAAACCCACUCCUGGGAGCAAUGCUGUCACCUACACCGUCCAACAAGGCAAAACAUACAGGUUCAGGAUUUCCAAUGUGGGUUUACAUAAUUCUCUCAAUAUCAGGAUCCAAAAUCACAACAUGACAUUAGUUGAAGUGGAAGGAACACACACACUCCAGACAAACUACACAUCGCUAGACAUUCAUGUUGGCCAAUCUUAUUCAGUUCUAGUGACCGCCGACCAACUUCCACAAGACUAUUUUAUGGUUGUGACUACACGAUUUUCAACCAUCCGCCUUGAAGCCACAGCUCUUUUUAGUUAUAGCAAUUCCAAUGGGAAAAUAGCUGGACCAGUAGAUCCCAAUGGCGGUCCUGCUAACUCGGAUAUCAGUUUUUCCCUCAAACAAGCCCUCUCUAUCAGGACUAACUUGACUGCAAGUGGACCAAGGCCAAACCCACAAGGUUCUUACCAUUACGGACUGAUCAACAUAACCAGAACUAUUAGACUUUCUAAUUCAGCAGCUCUAGUAGAUAAUAAACAGAGGUAUGCAAUAAAUAGUGUCUCCUUCGUCGCAGCUGAUACUCCUCUCAAAAUUGCGGACCACUUCAAGAUUCCAGGUGUUUUCCGUCUUGGUAGCAUCCUAGACAGCCCUCCUGCUACAGCAAUGUACCUUGACACAUCUGUAAUGGCUGCCGAUUUUAGAGCCUUUGUUGAAAUCAUAUUCGAAAACAACGAAAACACUGUGCAAAGUUAUCACAUUGAUGGAUAUUCGUUCUUCGUAGUCGGUAUGGAUGCAGGAGUUUGGUCAGAAUCAAAGAGAGAACGCUAUAAUCUGAUAGAUGCAAUUGCGCGUUGCACUGUUCAGGUAUAUCCCCAAUCAUGGACGGCAAUCUAUGUGCCACUUGAUAAUGUGGGCAUGUGGAAUAUAAGGUCUGAGUUCUGGGCACGUCAAUACCUUGGACAACAAUUUUAUCUUCGUGUUUACUCACCCGUCGAAUCAGUUAGGGAUGAAAAAGUUAUCCCACCAAAUGCUCUUCUUUGUGGUAGGGCAACAGCGUUUGCCCCUCCAACAGUUUCACCUGUAGCCCCGCCUACAAUUGCACCAACAGCAGCGCCGGUAGUUCCACCAACAGCUGCACCCGUAAUUUCACCCAUAGGCGCGCCACCCACUGCUCCACCAACAGCUGCACCGGAAGUUUCACCCAUAGUUGCGCCACCAGUUGAACCGGUAGUGCCACCAACAGCAGCACCCAUAGUUUCACCCAUAGGUGCGCCACCAGUUGAAGCAAUAGAUCCACCAACAGCUGCACCGGCAGUUUCACCCAUAGUUGCGCCACCAGUUGAACCGGUAGUACCACCAACAGCUGCACCUGUAGUCUCAACCACAGUUGCACCAACAGACGCACCGGAAGUUCCACCAACAGCUGCACAGGUGGUUUCACCAAUAGUUGCACCGGUAGGUUCACCGCUUCCUUAAGCUGCCAUUACAAGAUAGAUUAUGCACUAUCAAUAGUUGAAGGACAUAAGUAUAAGCCGAUUUAUAAAGGGAAUCUCACAAAUUAUGGAAAUCGGGUUUGUCAAAAAUAUUUAUUGACGAAUUUUAUGUAGUUGGUUUGCUUUUGGUGCUCCCUCGGCACCAAUAAGCCAAAACGUAUAUUAACCUUAUAUUGGGGUCACCAUUCUUUUCUUUGUUAUAUAGCAGUCAUUGUAGCUUUCAGAUUAUCUUAUUUGUAACUGUUUAUUCAAAUAAUUCAUCAAAAAUUUCAUGCUUA